UCCAUCCAUCCUUCCCUCCCUCCACUUUUGCUUUCCGCGGGCUCUGUUUUGGCACGGCCUCUGCUUCAACCGGCGGGCUCGCCGUACGUUGUUUGCGACUUUUUGCGUGAAUCGGUGCAGCGUAGCGUAGCAUACAGCAGCGGCGAGCCGAGCCAGAGCGGGGUCAUGGGGUUCCCUCUCGUGUGCUACUGCAUGGCGAUCCCCAAGCCGCUCGUCGCGUUCGUCGGGCUUCUGUUUGCUGUCAAGGAGGCCCUCCAGUUGAUGCUCUUCGUCGUCGGGAUCUGCCACCACCCGGAGCGGUCGGGCCGCCCGGCCGUGGACGGCCCGCUGCCGGACGAGGUCAAGGACCGCCUCCCGCCCCUCGAGUUCGCCCAGCUCGCGGCGGAGCGGCGCUGCAGCGGCGACGCGGCGGCGGCGGGGUGCAUCGUGUGCCUGGAGACGCUGGAGGCGACGGACGUGGUGCGGCGGCUGGGCAACUGCGCGCACGCCUUCCACCGCGGCUGCAUCGACAAGUGGAUCGACCUCGGCCGGCUGACGUGCCCGCUGUGCCGCGCCAGCCUGCUGCCGCGCGCGCGCGCCGUCGGCCCGCGAGGAGGAGGAGGAGGAGGCCGACGGGGCCGCCUCACCGGCAUCGUCUGGUGAACCAGUGGCCCGCGACCGCGACGCGACACCGCCAUUUUCACAGCCUUUUCACUACUGCUGCCACAGGAGGCAAACCCUCCUUAAUUAAAUUCCCCUUCUUUCUUCUGCCAAGGCCGGAUUACCAAGCUGGAGGACUACACGCGAGCAGAUCGAAUGCCGUGGACGGAUCGAUGAUUAGACAGUAGCGAAGAAUUAAUUAGAAGCAGUCAAGCAGCUGGUUUGCUGGCCCCGGCCUGCCACCUCUCACCUGGCAUAAUCAUUGGGAGGAACAUGUAAUUACCAAGAUGAUUAGAUGUACUGCUUGUAAGAUAAAAGUAGAUCAUGCCAUAGAGAUAAAAACAUGUAUGUACAGUGGCAUAUAUAUAAUGAGUUAAUGACAAAUGAUUUGUUUGGUUUGUACUAUCUGUUUUUUCUGGUCAGCUAUCAGCUAAUUCUUUUUGGGUAUGUUUAAUUGCAAAUUGAAUCCUAAUGGUU